AUUAUCAGGCGAAGUCAACCCCAGCCCGUGCGGUUCAGAGUCCACAUCAAACUCCCCGCCAUCUCUCCUCCAGGAUGCUACACUUCCCGCAUUGCUAGUCUCUGGAACAUCAACCCUGUUCCAAAACACGACGACCACGAGCAACUCGUUGAACACCGUCGAUAGCCUAUGCUUGCCUGGUACAUCCGAGGUGGACAGCUGUGGGCUGGCCAACGGAUGUGCCAGCUCGCUGGGGGGGCUGGCGCUGCCUCUGACGUCAUCCGGCGGUCUGUGCUCGACCUCCUCGACGUCCGCGGUGGCCUGGUUGAUGAAUGAGGAUAGCGUCGGUGGUGGUGUGAAGAGCGAGGUGCGCAGCCCAGGGCUGUGCGAAGCGGACGUAGCUCUAUACAGGGAAACACUGCCGUACGACCAGAGCGCGCUGCCCUACCAAUAUUACAAUAGCAUGCAGCAGUAUGGUAGUGGCAGCGCGGCCUCGUCGUACGUCAAUUCUUCCCUUUACAACCAGCCGUACGCAGCGUACCCGCCGGCACACAACACCACCAAUAGAUCCUCGUGUAAGGCGACGCCGACGUAUCUUAGCGCGUAUGGCGUGAGCGGCGUAGGAAGCGUGCCCAGCACUGGGUUUGGAACCCAACCAUCGCCCUAUGCCUACUCGUCAUACAAUGGAAGCCUGGCUCAAUCGUUUCCUACUACCCAACAGGACUACAGCAGCUACGCAGCAGGUUACGCGGAGCACAAUGUCGCACAAUACAGCGGAUAUUACGCUGCACCAAGCUACUCUCCUUACGUCAGCUCGCCUAGUAGCAGCGGCAGUGCUGGACACACUUCUUACCAUUUGGGGGGCGCCUUAUCAGAUUCCCCAUCAUCAAUGCUACCGUCUCUAAACGACACAAGUCCACUGUCCCCUAUCAAAGCCGAGGUGCAUGCAGCCAGCAGAAGAUGUCGAGAGAAUUCAGGUGAGAGCACAGCAAGCAGAUCGGGCAGAGGCAGGCGGAACACAUCCUCGUCACCAGCUCAGCAUGUUCCAGAACCGGCUACAGAUAGAGUGUUCAUCUGGGACCUGGACGAGACCAUAAUCAUAUUCCACUCGCUGCUCACUGGCACUUAUGCUACUAAGUACAAUAAGGACACACAGCAAAUAGUCCAGUUGGGUUUCAGAAUGGAAGAGAUGAUAUUCAGCCUGGCUGACACGCAUUUCUUCUUUAAUGAUGUUGAGGACUGCGACCAGGAGCACAUAGAUGCCGUGGCAGCUGACGAUAACGGCCAAGACCUGUCCGCGUACAACUUCGCAACAGACGGUUUCCACGCGGGCGCGGCGCCCAACACCGGCCUCUGCGCUCCUGGUGUGCGCGGCGGCGUCGACUGGAUGAGGAAGCUCGCCUUCAGAUAUAGGAAGAUCAAGGACACGUACAAUAACUACAGGAAUAGUGUGGGAGGUCUAUUGGGUCCAGCAAAAAGAGAACAAUGGUUGCAACUGCGCGCUGAGUUAGAACAAGCGACCGACAACUGGCUAACGCUCGCUUGCAAGUGUCUCAACAUGAUCAACUCCAGGGAAAACUGCGUGAACGUGCUAGUGACGACCACGCAGCUCGUGCCCGCUCUGGCGAAGGUGUUGCUGUUCGGACUCGGCGGAGUGUUCCCCAUAGAGAACAUAUAUUCGGCCACUAAGACAGGAAAAGAAACAUGUUUCGAGAAAAUAAAGCAACGAUUCGGCGAACGGUGUACGUAUGUAGUGAUAGGCGAUGGGCAAGACGAAGAGGCGGCCGCGAAAGCGAAGAAUUAUCCCUUCUGGAGGAUAUCGAGUCACUCCGACAUCGCCGCGCUGUACAACGCGCUAGACAUGGGCUUCUUAUGAUUUGCUGCGCUCCUGGUAACACAAAGCAAGCGCGAGACUAAAUAUACGAAAAAAAUGUACAUAUUCAGAAACAACUCUCAUGGUAUUCUGUUGUCCUGGUAACAUUGGUCAAAAAUAUUUUGCAAUUGAUUUCAAUCCGAUGGAAAUCGGAUGUUGGUUCUAUACGAGCGUUUAUCGUACGACUAAUCGAUUCGACAGUACGAUUUUCCUUGAGUGUUUUGCUGCGCAUGAGAUUAAGUGUUGUGCGUACAAAAUUCAAAUAUAUUGACAUUUCCAUUUUUCCAAAUAUCCAAUUUAUUCCAGCCCAGUAAAUAUUUUCAUACACAUAUCCACUAAUUAAUAAAACAUAAUUGCCAUGUAUACGCAUUGUGCCAAUUUAUGCAAUUGUCCAUAAAAUAAAAUCAUUUUCAUUUUCUUUGAAAUACUGUCUUAUAUACUAAAAAUAGGUCAAGAUAAAACUUUCUUGUAAGUAAUAUUUGUGAUAAUGAUAACAAAUGGAAACUAAAAAAUAUUAAAAGAAAAUACGAUAAUCACCAAUUGUUGUCAUAUUUAGUUCGAAUGGAAUAUAAUGAACUGAAUUGAACCAUUGAAAUUUGGAAUUUAUAUGCAACAAGUGUUCCUAAUAUAACCUUGAUUUUCUGCUAUCCUAGUACGCAUACUGUCAUUUAAGGAAUUAAAAAUUGUUAAUAUAGUUUGAUCUGCCGUAAUAGGAUUAAAAUGCCAAAAAAUAACAAAUUAUUACUUCCAACAAAAUUAGAAUUCAUUUUAUUUUGCGUCGUAAAAAAUGUCGUCUAUAUAACAAAUUUCGUCAUAAUAUUCAGCCCCGUAUAGACGUUUCAUAAUAGUGUUGCCUCAGAACAAUAACAAGCAUAGAA